AUCUCUCCAUCUCUUCCACCACAAAACCCUUUUUCUUUGUGUGUCUCCUUUCAUUUCAUUUCAUACGCCCGUCUUUUCCCCUGCAAAACCACGCCCUGCUUCCUUUCUCUAUCCUUCUCCGCCCUUUGUCCCCUUGUUCUAUUCUUCCAAAACUCGUCGUAAUCCUUCCUACCACCAUCCCAUUGCUCUCAUCAACCACCAAAAGGCCAUGUCCUAACAGUCCUCGACCUUGCACCCCUACGACUUAAUCUGUCCGCUUCUUCUCCCUCGCAGGAACCACAUUCGCUGAAUCCUCGACUCGACUAUACAUCCGUUUUCGACUACCCAUGGCGAGACAACGGCUGCCCCGCGAUGCCACGGGCGACAAAUUUAUGCAGCUCAUGAGCGAUCCGUUUGCCUCGGGUGUCACAUCCGAUUCCAUCUUGAUAGCCGUCUUCACCGCCCUCGGCGUAUCCGCUGCCGUCUUCGUCGUCUUCCUGCUCGUUCGCCCCUUCAACUCGACCGUCUACGCACCCCGCCUUCGCCAUGCCGACGAGAAACACAAACCACCCCCGCUAGGCAAAGGCCUUUUUGCUUGGUACAAUCCCGUCUUCAGGUACAACGAAGAUCAGUACGUCGAGACCAUCGGCUUGGACGCCGCCGUCUUUCUUCGCUUCGCCCGCAUGUGCCGCAACUUGUUCGCCGUGCUUGCCAUCGUCGGCUGUGCAAUCAUCAUACCCAUCAAUGUCAUCAACGCAAAGGCAUUCCAGAAGAAGCUGGCCUCCGACGGUGUAGGGCGGAACAAUGACGCCAUCUUUUUGAUGUCGCCCCAGAGCCUGUUUGGGGGCAUUGUCUGGGCCUUCGUUGCCGUAGCCUAUGUGUUUACAGCAAUCAUCUGCUUUUUCCUGUGGUGGAACUACCGUGCCGUCCAUAGGUUGAGGAGAAGGUACCUCGAGAGUGCUGAAUACCAAAACAGUCUCCACGCCAGGACGCUGAUGGUCACCGACAUACCAAGGAACCUCAGGAGCGACCAUGGAAUUGUGGAAAUCACCGACGCCGUGCGCACCACCAACGAGGUUCCCCGUGCUUCCAUCGGUCGCAACGUCAAGGAUAUCCCAGACCUCAUCGAGCAGCACGAGGAAGCCGUCAUGGCUCUGGAAAAGGUCUUGGCAAAGUACCUGAAGAAUCCGAACCAACUUCCCGCCCAGCGGCCCCUCUGCAAGCCAUCCAGGAGAGACACCGAAUUUGCCAUGAAAGGGGAAAAGGUCGAUGCCAUCGAUUACCUUACCGCCCGCAUCGAACGGCUGGAAGCGAAGAUCAAGGAAGCCCGAGAAACAGUGGAUAAGAGAGAUGCGAUGCCGUACGGUUUUGCCAGCUACGAGGCGAUCGACUCCGCGCACAGUGUUGCAUACGCUGCCCGAUCAAAGCAUCCCCACGGUACAACCAUCGGCUUAGCCCCGAGGCCAAACGACAUCAUUUGGAAGAACCUGCCGCUGGAUCCAAAGACGAGACGUUGGAGGCGAUUCAUCAACAACCUGUGGAUUUCGCUCUUGACCGUCCUCUACUUCAUCCCAAACGCCCUGAUUGCCGUUUUCCUUUCCAAGCUGUCCAAUCUGGCCAACCUUUGGGAAGGGUUCAAUACGCAGAUGCGGGAGAAUCCCAAGUUCUGGGCGGUGGUUCAAGGUAUCCUAGCGCCUGCCCUGACCUCGCUCUUCUACUACUUCCUGCCCAUCAUCUUCCGCCGACUUUCGAUGAAGGCUGGUGAUUUGACCAAAACCUCGCGCGAGAGGCACGUAAUCCACCAGCUUUAUUCCUUCUUCGUCUUUAACAAUCUCUUUGUCUUCUCGCUCUUCGCGGCCGUUUUCCGGUUCGUGACGAUCGUGGUGGCACAAGCUCGCGCCGACGGAGGGUCCUUCCUGAACACGGUUCGAACCUAUGACUAUUUCGAGGUCGUCAUGGUCUCUCUAAGCGAUGUUUCUCCUUUCUGGAUCACAUGGCUUGUGCAACGUAACUUGGGCGCAGCCAUUGACUUAGCGCAGGUUGUAAAUCUUGCGUGGGGCUCAUUUUCGCGCAAAUUCCUCAAUCCAACACCUAGAGAGUUGAUCAAGCGGACUGCUCCGCCCCCCUUUGACUAUGCAUCCUACUACAAUUAUUUUCUGUUCUACUCCACCGUCGCGCUGUGCUUCGCAGCUCUGCAACCCGUCACGCUCGUCGUCACGGCAUUCUACUUCGCCAUGGAUGCCUCCAUGAAGAAGUAUCUGCUGCUGUAUGUUUUCUGCACAAAGAAUGAAUCUGGUGGGCUCUACUGGCGCGUCAUAUUCAAUCGAUUUCUCGUGGGCACUUUCCUUGCCAACUUGAUCAUCGCCUGCAUGUGUGGGGCUCGAGGAUUCGAGCAGAAAUGGUACAUGCUUGCUGCGAUGAUUCCGCUGGUACUUGGUCUCAUUGCCUUCAAGCUGUAUUGCAAGCGCGCAUUCGAUACGGAGAUGAAGUAUUACACAAAGGGUUCACUCGGCAAGGGAGCCGAGGCACCCGCACCUAUUGACAAGGAGUCCCGUAAGAGGGACCGCGUUGCUGUCCGAUUCGGUAACCCGGCCCUCUAUCAGAAAUUGACUGUGCCGAUGGUACAUAAGAAGAGUCAGCAUCUGCUUGCUGAGAUUUACAAGGGACGGUUGGACGGCGAUCUCGGUACUACGGCCGGGUUCAGCGACAUGUACAGCAUGAAGCGGAUGAGCAAGGAGACGCCUGGGAAAGCAGCCAGUGCGGGGCCGUUCGAGUUUGUCUCGGAGGCGGACAUGGAUUUCGAAAACUUUAAGAAUCGGCCAGAGUUCAGCAACGAACAUGGCGGAGAAGGCUCUGUAUACGGCCACGUGAGCAGACCGGGGACACCGGCCGGUAGCGAGCGCGGGCGGUCGUCCUCGAGGGGCUCGGAACGGACCUACGCAGGGGACGAGAUGGGUGUCACCUACCCGACCGGAUACCACAAUACGCCUUCGAAUCUUCGCGAAUACAGCCCGAGCCCUGAGCGCGGCGGUUUCGGGAGGAUGGAUAGCAAUCAGAGCAAUCCGAGCGAUCCGUACCAGGUUAGGGACCAUACAGCUCUGCUGGACGGAGCGGCGCCGAUGGGCCAUAUGACGCCGACGCAGAGCUACACGCCGUAUAGCCCGGAGAGGGAAGGCGGCUCGGACUAUUUCCGGCCUGUCCGAUAAGGUAGCGAGAGGAGGCGUGCGUGGAUAGUAGAGGUGGUUUGACAUGACAUGGACUUUGAAUCUCUCCCGCAUUCCUUGGCGUUUUGCAUUUCGGCUGGAAACUGGUUGUCGGGAUCCUGGGGGCGUUCUCUUCAGCAGCCAUUGUGGCGCUGCUUGCAUAUCUUUCUGGCGCAGGGGGAACGGGUAUUAGAUAUGGUCAGGGCCAGACCCAGAAAGGAGUUGACAAGCAUCUAGAUG